AUGGAACACUCAAUGCUAUUAUCAGAUUAUGAUCUCACUUCUACAACUGCCAAAGCCCAGAGCCCUGUUACAGUUGGACUUGCUGUAAGAGAUGUUAAAGGCGAUUUUGAACCACUUGACAUAAUAGCAUAUUCAGCCCCUCUAGAUCUACCAGAUGUUAUGAAAUCACAAGAAAACAACGACCAGGAACAAUCGUCUUGA